CUUCCUGAUGGUGAUUUAAAUCCCUCGCCUUCUGAGACACCGAUUAUGAUGCUUGUCCCACCCUACCCAUGUGGUGACUUGGACAGCAGUCGCAGGUUGCGAACCGACCAUUCGUUCCUGCCUCAACACCGUCAUAAACAUGGGUGCCCGACUCUCUGAUGGCGGGGUCGGGUAUCAAGUGCUUUACUCCGACCGUCCAGCUUCUAUCGGAUAGCUAUCGGGUAUCGGAUACUGGGCUACGUCUUUUCUGACCCAUCAACAACCUUCCGCGCGUUCCCGGCUUCCAUAUGUGGCCUUCUUCGAUAUCUCCCUAAUCCUUUCUCUGACCUCAAAGAACUCUCCACUGUUGAAAACAAGAACCCAAUAUGAAUCGCGGCAUCUCUGGAUCUCCAAACUUUUUGCUUUGGAUAUUCCUGCUUUUGUUUGGUUUUUGUCUAUCUGGCCAUGCGCAGCAACCUGAUGCCGCUCACGAUAUCGACAGCGGUGUCGACGACUCUGCUCUUUGGCACACGUACAGCGACAAGACCCACGUCUACAAGUUCAAUGUCUCUUGGGUGGUGGCCAGCCCUGACGACCCUGAUGCCGAUGAGAAUUCGACCAAGCCAGUCAUUGGCAUCAAUGGUAAAUGGCCUUUGCCUGUGAUGGAAGCCACAGUUGGGGACCGCGUCAUUGUCCAUCUUCUCAACCUGCUGGAGACUGAGCCUACGUCUCUUCACUUUCACGGUCUGUAUCUACGGAAUGAGACACACAUGGACGGUCCGGUUCAUGUGUCUCAGUGCACGAUCCCACCUGGCUCAAGCUUCACAUACAACUUCACUGUUAACGAGCCCGGCAUCUACUGGUAUCACUCACAUGUCCAUGGGCAGUAUCCAGAUGGCUUGCGAGGGCCCCUUAUCAUUCACGACCCGGAUGACCCUUUUGCGGACAAGUACAGCGAGACUCGGCUUCUUACAGUCUCAGACUGGUACCUCGACAAGAUGCCAGACCUUAUCGCCCGGUUCAUGAGCAAGGCCAACCCAACAGGAGCAGAGCCCGUACCGGAUUUGGGUUUAUUCAACGACGAGAUUGAUGCAAGCAUCAUGGUCAGUCCUAAGACGACAUAUCGUUUUGAUGUGAUCAACAUGGGCGCUUUUGCCAGUGUCUACCUCUGGUUCGAGGGGCACAACAUGACCAUCAUCAUGAUUGAUGGUAUUUAUACCCACCCGGUGGAAGCAAACAUGAUAUACGUAACUCCUGGUCAACGUUACAGCUUCCUCAUCACCACCAAGGCAGACGGCUCGGCAAACUUUCCAUUUGUUGGCAGCAUGGAUCUGUCUUUCAACCCCAAUAUAACCGGGUGGCUGAUCUACGACGAAGACAACAACUGGCCAGAUGCGGCCAAGCUGGACGGUUCUUUCAAUCCUGUUGAUGACUUUGAUUUGACACCGUUAGAUGAUCAGCCUCUCUUUGGUGAACCAAAUCAAGUUGUGCAGUUGGAUGUGAUGAUGGACAAUCUUGGUGACGGAGCCAACUAUGCAUUCUUCAACAACAUAACAUAUGUUGCUCCCAAGGUUCCCACCCUUUACACCGUCAUGAGUUCUCAAGAUCUAGCAACCAACCCGGUGGUUUACGGCACCUACACUCAUAGCACUGUUCUCCAAAAGGAUGACAUUGUGGAGAUCGUGCUGAACAACCUCGAUCCGGGAAUCCACCCAUUCCACCUCCACGGCCACGAUUUUCAGGUCGUCUGGCGCUCUGAAGACGAUGCAGGAACAUUUCAAGAUUCAGGCAUCACAUUAUCGGACUUCGCACGUGUGCCCAUGAGAAGGGAUACUGUUUUCGUACACCCUAAUGGGAACUUGGUUCUACGCUUCAAAGCCGACAACCCAGGUGUAUGGCUUUUCCAUUGCCACAUAGAGUGGCAUGUGCAAUCUGGACUCAUGGCAACCUUUGUUGAAGCGCCUCUCGAAAUUCAACAGUCCCUCACCAUUCCUCCCGAUCAUCUUGACGUCUGCAAGAAGAUGGGAGUGCCCACAGGAGGAAAUGCUGCCGGAAAUUCUGAGGAUUUUUUGAACCUAGAUGGGGAGAAUGCACCGCCCAAUCGGUUGCCUGACGGGUUUACCGGUCCAGGCAUCGCCGCCCUGGUCUUUAGCUGCCUAACAGGUAUACUGGGCGUGAUGACGAUCGCGUGGUAUGGCUUUGCCGAGGGGGUUAAUGACGGAGAGGACAAGAAGGUCCGCAUUGAGGGUCAACAAGACGGAGCUGGGGAUGUCAAGCUGAGGGACAUGCCGUCCGGUUCGACAUUGGUGAAUGAUCAGCGUGUGCAUAAGUUGCGUAGAAACGAGACUCGUGCCAAGCUCAGGGGAGACGGAUUACGAGUUUGAUGGGGCCAUCCAUAUGAUAUUUGAUGGCACACGAGUGGAAUCGGGACUUGAUUUGUAUCAUAAGGGCUGUUUUUUAUGCCAUGUUGCCUCAUAGUCCGAUAGCUUGCUUCCAUUUGGUUUGGGGAUGCCAGAAGAUUGGACUUUUCCUGAGGUUAUUCGGCAGUUCUGAGUAGCUAUCAAUCGGAGGGAUUAUACCAAGAAGGCAUGUUCGCCGA